CUCAACCCCUGGGCGUUCUUCCUCUUGGUAUGCUCCAAGAUGGCAGCCCCCAUAGCGAGGCGCUGGUUUCUUCUGGCGCGGAGAGUGCCUCUGCCUCCAAUCUCCCUGGCAGGUAAAAGAUGCCUCCUUUCUGCAGCAUAUGUGGACAGCCACAAAUGGGAAGCAAGAGAAAAAGAACAUUGUCACCUUGCUGAUCUAGCAUCUUUAAUGGAUAAAACAUAUGAGAGAAAGCUGCCUGUUAGUUCUUUAACAAUAUCACGGUUUGUGGACAAUAUUUCAUCUAGAGAAGAGAUAGACCAUGCAGAGUAUUACCUUUACAAAUUUCGACACAGCCCCAAUUGUUGGUACCUGAGAGACUGGACUAUCCACACCUGGAUUAGGCAGUGUUUAAAAUAUGGUGCACAAGACAAAGCCUUAUAUACUCUUGUAAAUAAGGUCCAAUAUGGAAUUUUUCCAGAUAACUUUACAUUCAAUUUACUGAUGGAUUCUUUCAUAACAAAAGAAAACUACAAAGAUGCUUUAUCCGUGGUUUUUGAGAUCAUGCUGCAAGAAGCUUUUGAAGUGCCUUCUACUCAGCUUCUGUCCCUCUAUGUUUUAUACCAUUGCCUGGCCAAGAAGACAGACUUCAGUUGGGAAGAGGAGAGGAAUUUUGGUGCAUCUCUAUUACUCCCAGGCCUAAAGCAAAAGAACUCAGUGGGGUUGAGUUCCCAGUUGUAUGGCUAUGCACUUCUUGGGAAGGUGGAGUUGCAGCGAGGGCUCCGGGCUGUGUACCAUAACAUGCCUCUGCUGUGGCAACCCGGCUACCUCAACAGAGCCCUUCAAGUGAUGGAGAAGGUGGCCUCGUCCCCGGAGGACGGGAAGCUGUGUGCAGAAGCGCUGGAUGUGCUAGACAGAACGCUGAAGGCUGUGACUGCUCCAGCCUGUGGGUCUUCAGAGGCACAGCCCCAAGAAGAAGACAGCCAGGGCUCAGAAGAACUGGUGGAGCAGUUGGACGUGGAGGAAACUGAACAGUCCAAGCUUCCCCAAUACCUGGAACGAUUUAAGGACUUACAUUCUAAGCUUGAGGCUUUGGGCAAAGUUGAAUCAGAAAGUCCUUUGACUCUGACCAUCCAGCUCGUCAAGGAACAGCUCCCCACCUUUGAAGCAGAGGAUAUAGCAACCUAUGAGCAGAAGCUGCAGCAAUGGCAUCUGGAACGGGUACACUUGAUUCAGAGGGAACAGGAGCAGAGGGAGAAGGCAAAGCAGGAGCAUGAGGCCCAGAGGGCAGCAAAGGCAUCUGCCUAACAGGCCCUCAGGCCCCCAGACCCCACAGAGGAACUUCACUAGGCCCUGUCCUAGGAUUCUUGCUGACCAUGAUGGCAGCCUCAGCUUCCUCUGUCCGUCGUCUCCUUUUCCUCAAGCAGGCUGCUUGUGACAGAAAGCCACAGUGUUCAGCAUAGUAAGGCACUGUGACUUCCCAUCAGAUGCCUAGGAGGGCUGCUGAGCUCUGAGUGGCAGGUGAUCAGACUGAAACCCCAGCUAAACACCUUAAAAAGGUGCUAUCAAGGCUUAUGGUGGGGUUUCCGGGGUCAGGGAUCAGUGUUGAACGUUGAAAGUCCCUGAUACAUAGCAGUGGUGGAGGGAGAGGCUGUGUUUGAACAGCCUAGUCUUGAGCACAGGCUUCUGAGUGGCCUCUCUCCCCAGCAGGCAAACUGCACGUCCUGAGGCCUCCUCCCCCUCAGUGUCCUCCCAGUCUGAGCUGGGUGUGGGACGCUCACACAUCUCACUUUCUCCCUCCCCCAUGUCUCUGCUCUGCAGACCUAAACUGGGAAGAAAUUGAGGACAGGAAUGAACAUGACACCAUGAACCCACUGGCUUUCAAAUUUCAGGCACCCACAGUAACAUUUUAAGAAUGGAAGCGUUUUUGAGGAGAAGGAUAACUCUAGCUCUGAAGCCUCCUGAGUUUGGCUUCUCCAUCACGUUGGGGUAACUUCUUUCCAAAGCAAUGUCUCAGCUCCUUCCUCAAGGAGGUAAAGUGAGCCUUUUGGGUCCAUGCAUGCACACAUGUGCAACUUGUGAACACACAUUGCCGUUGGAGAAAUAGGAGAAAACGAGAGGCAGGAUGGGGCUUGUAGUGCAUAGGAGACAUUAACUGUGAACCUCCCAGGGAGUGGAAAUUCCUUCCUGAAGUUUCUCUGUGAACGGGGUCAGGGGCAGCUCCUGCUUGCUGUAUACAUUUGCCUGUAAGUACAGUGGUAUGCUUUUAUUCAAGGUCGUGCUCUUUUAAUCAAGAACCUGUGGAAAUAAAUGUUCUGGGAUUA